GAAAUUGGCAUGUCCUUUAUAAAUGGCUGGGGUGUCGAAAGAAACGAAAAUAAAGGCUUGGAAUUCGUCGAAAAGAGCGCCAGUUUAGGUUACGUCGAAGCCAUGGUUGAAGCAGGAAACAUUUGGUCAAAAAAAGGAAGCCAUAGAAAGAAAAACUUAUACAGAGCUGCUGUGUGGUACAGAUUUGCAGACAAAAGAGGUGCAAAACUAAUUGGUACCAGUUGGAUUUAUAAAGAAAAAUACAUG